AUGUUAACUUGUCAUUCUUGCAAGAAACGAUUCCCCUUGGUGAAGGACCUUCUCCUUCACAUAAGGAAAAAUUGUUUCACUCAUUUUCGUAAAUGGCUGGCAUACAAAUGUGGUGAAUCUGGCUGCUUCAGGCAGUUCACAUCUUUGGAUGCCUUCCGUCGUCACUUGAAAUCAAAGCAUGAGAAUGUUACUGCAGAUAUAAAUGUAGAAAUAAAUUCAAAUCAUAGAUCAACUCCACAGCCAGGACCUUCUUCUGCUGGUGAUAAUGUUAAUUACGAUAAUGUCAAUGACGGAGUUCUAGAGCCCCUCAGAUUUAAUAUUGUAGCUUAUGAACAUUCCAUGAGAAAUGUGGAUCUGUCGGAGCAACUCCUUGCAAUUACUUCUCAGUUCCUUGCGUCAUUGUAUAGUAACCCUGCCAUUCCUCGUUCCACUGUGCAGGUUGUUGUGAACGGUAUGCAAUCAUUUCACCAACAACUUUCUGAAAAUCUUCAAGUCAAAUUCCUUUCUUUGGUGAAAGAAGGAAACACUUUUGAUGAAGUCCAGUCAGCUUUGAAGGAGACUUUAAUUUUACUUGAUGAGUGCUUGGAACCCCUACGGUCAGAAUAUAAAAGGUUUCAGCUCUUCGCAUCUUUAGGAACUUACAUUUCACCAAUGGAAGUAGUACUGGGCUAUCGUAGAGAAACACUAAUGAAACACAAUAGGUUAAUUAUAACUCCUCGGACAUGCACAAUGGAGUUGAUUCCCUUGAGAAAUGUAUUGCUUAAGUUUUUUUCUAUUGGUACUGUUUUGAAAGAGACUGUCGAAUACCUAAAAGAGUUAGGUGGAGGGGCAACAUGGGGUGGAGAGAAGAACGAGGAAAGAAGAUACGACACCCAAGAGCCGAACCAAUGCCUGGAAAAUGUUAUGCAUGGCUCUGCUUGGCUGAACCUAUAUAAAUCACCUUUUUUAAGUAAUGAUCCACUGACUGUUGUUCUGCCGCUCGUUAUUUUCUACGACGAUUUUGAAAUAUCCAAUGUACUAGGGAGCCAUGCGGGCAUUCAUAAAUUAGGGGGUCUAUAUGUUUCUAUACCUGCACUUCCUCCACAUAUCGUUUCUCAGCUAAACCACACUUUUAUGUUAUCUCUAUGUCAUUCUUCCGACAAGACCCAAUUUAAAAACAAAAAAGUGUUCCAACCAGCCAUUGAUGAACUUAAUUAUUUGCACACUACAGGUAUUACCAUUACCACAGAAUUUUUCACGGGGGUCAUAAAGUUUAAGGUAGUCUGCUUAACUGGCGAUAAUUUAGGACUUAACUCUAUACUUGGUUUCACUGAAAGCUUCGUCGCUAAUCACUAUUGUAGGAUUUGCAAUGCUCCAAAAAAAUGCAUGCAAAGUAUGACUAUCCAAAACAAUGAACUGAUGAGGGACAUGAAUUCAUACCUUCAGCAGCUUGAGAUGAAGGAUGUAUCCAAAACUGGCAUAAAGGAAUCAUGUUGUUGGCUUGAGCUAAAUGGUUUCGAUCCCUUUGAACAUACUGCGGUUGAUGUUAUGCACGAUAUUCUUGAAGGAACUGCUCGAUAUGUUAUGACUUUUGUUAUAAAUAAUUUAAUUUCGAGAUCUAUGCCUCAUUAUAACACCCUUAUAAGCAAAUUAGUUUCUUUCGAUUACGGUCCGGAUUCAGGGUCAAAGCCUACUUCUUGUAUAAUUUUGGAAGCUGCUAACUCCGUGAGGAUUAAAACCUCGGCAAUUGAAAUGUUAACCUUGAUGAGGUACUUUGGCCUUAUUGCCGGUUAUUAUGUUCCUGUCGGUGAUGAAACUUGGGAGUUAUAUCUUGCUUUGAGAAAAAUAUUGGAGAGACUGCUUAAUCACAGGGUAUAUAGUGAUACGGUGGAACAGUUAAAAUAUUUGAUUCGAGAUUUCAACGCAUUGUAUCGCCAGGUUUCUGGUGAAACACUGAAGCCCAAAUUCCAUUUUCUAACUCAUUAUCCUGACAUGCUCCUAAAAUUUGGACCAUUGCGUCAUGUCUGGACAAUGAGAUUCGAAGCAAAGCACAGGGUUUCCAAAAUGGCAGCAAGGGUAGUGAUGUUUAAUUUCAUGAAAUUUAUCUUUUUGUAA